GUGCUUUCUGGACUGGAGGACCAGACAGACAAAGACAAGCCCCCAACUUCUUCAUGUUUUCAGAGAAAAUGAUAUGAGUUUGGUGUGCUUUCGCGCUGGAAUUUCGAAAAUUUAGGCUAGGAUUAAGUGAAUUUCCAUGUUCUGUUUCUGGAUUGUUGGUUUAAGAUUUAGCUGGGUCGAACUGUCGAAGUAAUGUAUAACUGUAGCGUCAGGAAUUUUGAUAAUUUUGUGCAAUGACUAUUCAUAUGUCCAUAUGAGCUGAUUCCUUUUUUUUUAAGAGAGAAUUGAACGGCGUACUUUUCUUUUAGACAAAUUCUUGGUGUGGGUUAGAAGAAAGGAAAAAAUGAAGGGGGAAACGAGAAACCAGUUCGAAAAGAGCAAUUGAAAAAAAGAUGGAAGGAUAAACCUUGGUGGAGUGUUAGGUAUUACUGCACAUGCUAUAUAAACAAAGGUUGUUCAUCUGGCCCUGGCUAAUGCUCCAAUAGUCACGACCGUUUUGGUCAUCGCGGGAUGGGGGGGGGGUGCUUUUGCUCUGCAAGUCAUGCUAACUUUGCUGAUAGUCAAGAACUGAUACCUAUGCUUAGUAUUUAUUGUUUUGAUGCUUUUUUUUGUGGGAAUUUGGUUACAGAUGGGUUGCUCUGAUUUCUUUAGGGAAAUGGCCCAUUUUCUUAUUUGUGGUGUUAAUUGUUGCGCAGCACAAAACUGUUCGCCAUUACUCAUUCCUUGUAUUUGUUUCAAGGUAUUCUCUCUGGAACUCCGCCAACUGUCAAAUGUUUGUAGAGGACCUCAAGUAACCAAGAAAAAGCUUGAUCAGGAACCACUCCCACUCAGUGUUACUUGGAUAACUGUGUCCAAAUUUAUUUGCUGAAUCGGAUACCCCGAAUCCGAGUCGGAUUCAGAUACCCGUGUCGGAUUUCGAGUUAUAUUUCGUGUGUCCAAAUUUUCUUUGCCAAAUCGGGCAUCCGAGUCCGAGUCGGAUUCCAACACCUGUGUCCGUGUCCAGGUAACACUGCGCCCACUGCAGACUCCGAAUUUCCUUCCCAACUGAGAUUCUAAUUGUGCACAUGGUACACACUUCAGAUGAUGGUAAUGAGUAAACGGUCGUGGAAGAUUGCUAACCGGAAGGGCUUAUCUUUUGUAUGCAUGGAAGCUUGUGGCAGUCAUCACGACCAUCCAAGAUGUACUGUCAUGCUAUGGAUGCUCGUGACAGCCAGCCUCUGGAUAAUGUGCAGCAGCAGCAUACAGAAGCAGGUUCUCCUGCCAGGGUUCAGUGGCUCGGAAAUGGAUUACAUCGAUAACAAUGGGAUCUUUCUUCUCUCCAAUGGCUCUGUCUUUGGCUUUGGUUUUGUCACUAAUAGUGUGUCAGACAGCACGUCCUACCUUCUUGCAGUGGUUCACUUGGCUACCACUUCUAUUGUCUGGUCUGCUAAUGCCAACUCUCCAGUUUCCCAUUCAGAUCACUUUGUGUUUGACAAGGACGGCAGUACUUACCUGCAGUCUGGAGGCUCCACUGUCUGGACUGCCAAUAUCUCUGGCAAGGGUGCCACCUCUAUGCAGCUGCUGGACUCUGGGAAUCUUGUAGUGCUUGGGAAAGAUAGCUCUUCUCUUCUGUGGCAGAGCUUUGGCUACCCAACGGACACACUUCUGUCCAGUCAGAGUUUCGUUGAUGGGAUGACACUGGUGAGCCAGUCCAAUAAACAGAACAUGACCUAUACACUUAAGAUAAAAUCCGGGGACAUGAUGUUGUACGCGGGCUUCCAGACACCCCAACCGUACUGGUCUGCGCUGCAGGAUAACAGGAUGGUCGUGAACAAGAAUGGAAACAACAUAUACUCUGCAAACCUCAGUUCACGUUCUUGGUCCUUCUAUGAUCAAUCAGGGGUCCUUCUAUCACAGCUCGUCAUUGCUCAGCAAGGCGAUGUUAACACCACACUGGCUGCUGUCCUCGGUAAUGAUGGGUUGAUUUCCUUCAAUUUGCUGCAGAGCAAGAAUGGGAAGAGCACUCUAUCAAUCACAGUUCCAAAGGACUCAUGUGACAUGCCUGCCCAGUGCAAAGCGUACUCAAUUUGCAACAGUGGGACAGGGUGCCAGUGCCCUUCAGCCCUUAGCUCCUAUGCAAACUGUGACCCUGGCAUCGUAUCACCGUGCAACUCUAAGGACAGUUUUGAGCUAGCUCAACUGGAAAGUGGUGUUGGGUAUGUUGGCACUAGCUUCACCUCGCCUGUGGCCAAGACAAACCUCACAGGAUGCAAGAAUGCUUGCAUGGUUAAUUGCUCAUGCGUUGCUGUGUUCUUUGACCAAACUUCAGGCAAUUGCUUCCUUUACAAUCAGAUAGGUAGCUUGCAACAGAAAGAUGGACGUACCAGUGAUUUUGCAUCUUUCAUCAAGGUAUCAAGCAGUCAACGUGGCUCAGGGCAAGGUGGGAGUGGCAGUGGCAGGCUCACCAUCAUUGUUGUUGUCAUUAUAGUCGGAACUUUGGCUGUCAUAGGGGUCCUUGUGUAUGUUGGUUUCUGCAUUUACCGGAGGAGGCGCCAUUCACCCUCACAAGAUGAGGCUGGUUCAUCAGAAGAUGAUGUCUUCCUUCAAACAGUAUCAGGAGCGCCGAUCCGGUUCACUUACAGGGAGCUCCAGGAUGCAACAAAUAAUUUCUCAAACAAGCUUGGCCAGGGAGGUUUCGGAUCUGUGUAUCUUGGUACGCUGCCAGAUGGCAGUCACAUAGCUGUAAAGAAGCUGGAGGGUAUAGGCCAAGGGAAGAAAGAAUUCCGCACUGAGGUGACCAUCAUUGGCAGCAUCCACCACAUCCAUCUUGUCAAACUACGAGGUUUUUGUGCCGAGAGCUCACACAGGCUUCUUGCAUAUGAGUACAUGUCAAAAGGGUCUCUGGAUAGGUGGAUUUUCCAAAAUAAUGAGGAUUCGCCCCUGCUGGACUGGGACACAAGGUUUAACAUUGCACUUGGAACAGCAAAGGGAUUGACAUACCUCCAUGAGGACUGCGAGUCGAAGAUCAUUCACUGCGACAUCAAGCCUGAGAAUGUUCUGCUCGAUGAGAACUUCCUUGCAAAGGUGUCUGACUUUGGCCUUGCCAAGUUGAUGACCAGGGAACAGAGCCAUGUUUUCACGACACUCAGGGGCACGCGGGGCUACCUUGCACCUGAAUGGAUCACCAACUACGCUAUCUCAGAGAAGAGCGAUGUAUACAGCUACGGAAUGGUCCUGCUUGAGAUAAUAAGUGGGAGGAAGAGCUUUGAUCCAGUGGAGGGCUCAGAGAAAGCUCACUUACCCUCCUACGCUUUCAAGAAGCUGGAAGAAGGUGAUCUUCACGAUAUCUCUGACGCCAAGUUGAAAUACAGUGACAAGGAUGAUCGAGUUGAGAUUGCAAUCAAGGUUGCCCUGUGGUGCAUUCAGGAGGAUUUCUAUCAGAGACCAUCUAUGUCGAAGGUCGUCCAAAUGCUGGAGGGCGUCUGCGACGUGCCCCAGCCACCGACAUCUUCGCAUAUCGGAUACAGGCUCUAUGCAAAUGCCUUCAAAUCGAGCAGCGAAGAAGGCACGUCGUCUGGGAUAUCAGACUACAACAGUGGCACUUUACUAUCUGCUGUGAGGCUUUCUGGCCCUAGAUGAUACAAGUUGUGUACAUUGUUGUGUUUUAGUUAGGAUGGUGUUCAAUUUUGGGGGUAGGUCCAUUGGUUUUGUGAUCAUUUGUUCAUAGUCCUGUACAUAUAUGUUGUCGAGAAUUUGAGGUGUUAGUUUUGAUUAUCAGAAAGGUCAAUGCGGAACAAAAUUUCACGGGCGUUAGAUAGAAAUUGGAUCACAAUUUUGCAUUAUGUAUAUAAAAACUAGGCAAAAAGAAGAAAAACUAUCCCAGAUUUUGUGA